AAUUUACCAAAAACAAGCAGAAACUGAUAGAACAAGGUUUUAUAAAGGCAUUGGAGUUGGCCAUUUUAAGUAACCAUAACCAAUCUAAGCUUGUUGUAGAAACCAUCAGUCUUCAUGCUGGUACCAUACGAACUGCAAAUGCAAGAAAAUUUGAAAAACUAAGCUAUAUCGAGCUCAACUGUUUCCUUCAUCCUGCAAAUAAAUGGAAAGACGCAGUAAGUUGAAAACUUACAACAACGUCUUCAAUUGCAAUUUUGAUGAGGUAUAUUCCGAUUUUAGAUAUUUGUUGAACGUAAAGAAGCUGCUGAGGAUAGCCCGGAGACACUUCCGACGAGUCUAAUUUCAACAGUUCAUAUGUUCAAUGCUACAAAACUAAAGUAGAUCUAUGUGUUGAUAAAUACAAAUGCAUGAUUUUGACCCUGUUUCGUACAAACUUUUUAAGUUAUGGACUCUGAUAGCAUCAAUAGAAAGAGUAAGAAUUCAAGCAAACGUGUAAAAUUUAAGGAUGAAAAUGGAAACAGUAAGCAUUCAAGUGAAGAUAGUGGAAGCAGUAAUGAUUCAGAUGCCCUUUCAGAGAUCCUAAAUAGUAUUGAAGGAACUAAAAGUAAUGGCAAUUCUGGAAUUAUUAAGGGCUCAGGAAACAAAAAUGAUGUUGAAAUACACAAAGGGCCAAAAGAUGAAAGUGGAAGAAGUAAUCGAUCAGAAGUAGCUCAAGGGGAGAUUGAUAGGUCUAAAGGUGAUAUGUCAACUGAAAAUAUUAGCUCGCCGACAUCUUCGUCUUCAUCAUCAUUGUCUUCACCUUCAUCUGGUUCAUCUACCGAUGAUAAGUCUCAAGCAGAUACACAAGAAUCAGGCAUAUCAGGAUUAACUUCUGGCAAGAGCUCUUCCAUAUUAAAACGAACUCAAAAUGGAUCUGCAGGUUCAACAUCUAAUUCCCAAGUUCCCAUUGUUGCACAAGAAUCAGCAUUGACACAAUCCCCUCCAAUCCAAGUAAUGGAUAGAGGGGUUGAAGAGUAUGAUCCGUAUAGGAUUCCGUCUGCUGUAUUUUCUGUAAGUAAAUCAUCAGCACCUAUGGAUUGGAGUCUUGCUUCUAAUGACUCAUUGUUUAGCAUUAAAGUAGGGAGCACUAGUUUCGCCAGAGAUCUAAUUCAAAACAAGGAAACUGCCCGUGGUGUGGAAAAGCCAGGUGAAGUUAAGGCAUUAAUUCCAUUCCCUGCUGUUGCUCCAACGUACACAGAGAAUUUUGAAUUUGACAAAAGCAAGGAAACUGUGGUUUCAGAUGAUGCUGUUAAGGAUAAAACAGCCCUUACUGCUGAAGAACCAAUUGUUGACAAGUCACUGUCAAUUGCGCCCUGGAAUCAGCCCAAUAUUUCUGAAAGUAGAAUUGGUCAAUGCUCCUUUGACUUUCCAGUAAAAAACAAAAGCAAGAAGAAGUGUGCAUGGCCAUCAUGCUCCUGUUCUGGUUGUAGCUGGGCUUUCUGCUACUGUUCUAAUUAUAGCUGCGCGUUGUGCUACUGUUGGAACUGCAGCUUGAAAAGAUUCUGCUGUUGUUGUUCAGAUUCAGAAGAUGAAAGUAAUGUUUCAGAGGAAGAAAAAGUGCAGCAGAAACUACAAGAAAAGCCUAAUGUUUCAAAGAAAGAAAAAGUGCAGCAGAAACAACAAGAAAAGCCCUUGGCCUCUGCAUUGAAAUCGAAAUCAGCUUGCAGCAACUGUUGGAACUGCAGCUUGAAAAGAUUCUGCUGUUGUUGUUCAGAUUCGGAAGAUGAAAGUAACGUUUCAGAGGAAGAAAAAGUGCAGGAGAAACUACAAGAAAAGCCUAAUGUUUCAAAGAAAGAAGUGAAGCAGAAACAAGAAGAAAAGCCCUUGGCCUCUGCAUUGAAAUCGAAAUCAGCUUGCAGCAACUGUUGCAACUGCAGCUUGAAAAGAUUCUGCUGUUGUUGUUCAGAUUCGGAAGAUGAAAGUAAUGUUUCAGAGGAAGAAAAAGUGCAGCAGAAACAACAAGAAAAGCCCCUGGCCUCUGCAUUGAAAUCGAAAUCAGCUUGCAGCAACUGUUGCUCCUGGUUCCCUUCGUGUCGAUGGCGUUGGUGUUGCUCAUUUAACCGUUGUAAAGGAAAAUGCUGUUGUUGAAAGGAACAACCAAAACUCAAGCCACUGGCCUCUUCCCAGCCAAAAAUGCCUGCCCAAAUGGUGCACUUUUGUCAUUGGAUGCUUGCACAUAAUCUGUUCAAAUUUAAUCAUCAUGCGUGGGUCAUGUCUUCAACACAAAUUCAGAGGCCCUCGUUGAAGUGAUAUACAUUUACAUACAUAGACGCACACAAAUAUACUUCAAUGGAAUCUUAAGUUCCUAGACAUCUUUUCUUCUUAUGUAUAAUUAUACGAGAAUCAGGUCCUUUUAGCUAGUGAGAAUAUAAGGGGGUGCCUAGGGACUGCUGCUGGGAAGGGAAAAUUAACCUUCCCGAGUUUAGAGUAGAGAUAAUAAAAUACAAUCCACCGCGGAUAGUGUAACAGGCUAAUUUUUGUUUAUGCCUAUUCCAUCCAAACUUUUAAAAUUAUUAUUUUACUCUUUAAA